UCCGAACAACAACUGGCAAAUGUACAAACAAACAUUUCCCUCAGACUUUGUCACUGAGUCUGCGUAGACCUCACAGGCCAAAUUCUGCACUUUCUGAAAAAAACGGACCUUCCCGCGCACGCUGCACGCGUGAAGAUGAGAGAGGUGUUAUGACUCUCCAACUCCAGACACGCUGGUUUAUCUUCCAGAUUCUCAUAAAGACCUUAUCUAUCCGAGUCAGCUGGUACAUGCUCCGCACCUUUUCCUGGUACAAUUGUACUUCUCUCUGUCCUCCCUUAUUAUGUUGCAAACCCUCUGCAUGAUGGUAGGUUUUCCUGCAUAUGUUCGGUCUUCCCAUAAUGAGGGUUCGGGAGCGAUGAAGGUGCCUUGGGGAAAGAGGCCAGGAAGCGCUCACUUAUUCCAGGAUUAGCUGUGCAUUGCCCAACCUCCGGCGCUAAGGAGAACCUCUCCCUCAACUCGAAUCAGGAACCAGCAUGGCGAACCAUAUUCACACCUCAAGCUCUCCCAGUGUUCUCCACAUCUCUGGCAUCUCUAUUGAUUUCAGCAAGUCAGAAAAGCAUGUAGAGUCUGCAGAGGCACGGAUCGGCGGGUUGCAAAAGCCAUUUCAAGCUGAACGCGAUUCAGGAAAACUUUUACGACAGACGUUUUCUCCGCCCAUCGGGUUUUCUCUUGGGGAUACGUUUUGCUUACAGUUACGAUACAAGAAACGAUUUCGGAAGAGUCGCGAAGACAUUCAAUUUGAUUUCAAUGACAUACUUCGCGCGUCUGAUAUGAGGGGAGAACACGGUGGACGAGAAUACCACAAAUCUCAUGACAACAUCAAGAUCGUAGUUGGACUUUCCGGGAACACAAUAACAGAGCACUCAGAGCCGUCUGCCUCUACCUCCGAUACAACACUGGAACUUCAGCCCACCACUGACGAGAUCAUUCGGAUUUGUCCUCGGUUCCGAAUUCUGGUGAUAGGAAAGACUGGCGUUGGCAAAACUUCGCUCAUAAACCGCGCCUUUGGAGUGCACGAAGCGAUGGCUUCGACUCACAAGCCAGGCGAGGCCGAUAUCGACCACGAGUUUGUCUCACUGCAGAACGACAGGUUUGUUCUCCACGAUAGCAAAGGUUUUGAACCAGGCGAGGAAAGCAACGUGAAUAUCGUCCGAGAUUUCAUUGGCCGUCGGAGAAACAUGGCGGAAUUGAAAGAUCAGCUGCAUGCUGUUUGGCUUUGCUUUGAAAUACCCCGCGCAGGUGGGCGUUUACUGGAGACGGGCACGGAGGAUUUCCUGACGUUGAAACGCAAGGGAUUGCUGGGAAAUAUUCCCGUCGUUGUCGUUUUCACUAAAUAUGAUAGGUUCAUGAACCGCGUAAAUCGUACUCUGGAUGAUUCCUCUUCUGCGGGAUUGGACCCCGACGCCCUCAAGCAACUCAUCAAGGAUAAAGCAGACAAACACUUAAAAGAAAUCUGCAUCGAUCCCCUUGAGAAAUUUGCAGGGUCUGAUAUCCCACAUGCCACGGUCUCCACGGGGACUGGCCACGAGGAGUCCCUGGCCCGUCUGAUCCAAAUCACUGAAGAGCGUGUCUGUGAGCAUGUCGCGAGCGAGGCGUCGGUGAUGACGUCCAUCGCUCAGCGAGUAGAUCCUGGGCUUAAAAUCAAAGCAUCAAUCGAUGUUGGCAAGAGAAGAUACUGGAAGACACUUGCGUCAUGCGCUUCAUUCCAGGACCGUACGACUCUGGACUGCCUACGCGUGCUUCACGUUGACAUCGUUGCUGUGUGGAACUUCCAUGACCCUAAUGAAUACUUGGAAAGCAAGGAGUUCAAGACGAUGGUGGUGAACAUGGUUGACAAUCUUGAUAUUGGACCUACUACCAAUCCCGUCAGGGCCGCGGCUGUUGGACUGUCUACAGUGGCAGCCAUUGCGGGCAUCGUGUCUGCCUUGGCAGGACCUGCGGCUCCUAUCGUAGUGCCAGUAGCAGCAAGUAUUGUAGUCGCGAAAUGGGUAUACGACGUGUACCAGCUGUCCGGCGUGGUGCUCCAGCGCUUUAUCGCGUACAUUGUCGAUCUGACCCUCAUAUUGCAGACACUCUAUCUUGUGUCGGACAAUCAGGAGCUGUCUCGUAGGACUAUCAAGCUCGCGGUCGCUUCUUAUCAUGGCUCGCCUACGAUCGGACAAGUGCAUAGUCGGAUUCAGGGAUAUGAUAGGAAAUUGACAUUUCUGGAACGCGCGGACCGCGAUACGUUGGACAGGAUCGUUGAGCUGAUGGAAUUGUAUCGCAUCGACGCGAGGGAAAUUUCUGCUCUGAGGGCACAGAUUCCGACUGUGGAUUCAGUUCCGGAUGAGCCAUGGUGAGAUAUGCGUUGGCGGGUGUUUAUUGAGUACGGGAUUGUAUAUGACUUGUGAUAAUAUUUGGAGUAACGGAAAACCCAUACCACGAUGCAAAUAGCAGAGUUUUCUUGUAGACCUUAUACCUAAGUAUCUAUGGAUGGAGGACUGGUG